AUGGAUAACGUAACAGAAAAAUUAUUGCUAUGUUUUGGUCACAGAAAGUUCAAAAGUGAACUUCAAGAAAGAGCUGUUAGAGCAAUUGCAAGAGGUGUCCAUGAUGUAUUUGUUUCAAUGCCAACAGGCUCAGGAAAGUCAUUAUGCUUCCAAUUACCAGCCAUGUUACAAGACAAUAAAGUUGCCGUUGUUUUUUCACCUCUAUUAGCUUUAAUUAAAGAUCAAAUUGAUCACUUAUCAAAGCUUAAAAUCUCAGCUGAAUCUGUUAAUUCUAAAAUGACAAUCAAAGACAGGGAAAGAGUUUUAAAUGACCUCCGCAGUAUGAAACCUAAUACUAGAUUUUUAUAUGUAACUCCUGAGCAAGCAGCCACAAGUACAUUCAAGUCUUUAAUUGAACACCUAGUCAAGUACAAGAAAGUUUCAUACAUAGUUGUUGAUGAAGCCCAUUGUGUAAGUGAGUGGGGACAUGACUUUAGACCCGAUUACUUAAAGUUAGGUGAUCUUAGAGAGAAAUUUAAGAGUAUUCCAUGGGUUGCGCUCACAGCUACAGCUAGUGCUGCAGUAACAAAAGAUAUAUUGGAAAAUCUUAAGUUAUUGAAACCUGUAGCUCAAUAUAAAACACCAAGUUUUAGAAGAAAUCUCUAUUAUGAUGUAGUAUUUCAAAAUUGCAUACAAGAUGAAAUUGGAGAUUUGGUUGAGUUUCUAAAGAAACAUUUAAAAGAUGAAGAUAAUAUUAAACCAAAAGACAAAAGUGCAGCUAUUGUAUAUUGCCGCACCCGGGAACAGACAGAAGAAAUUUCAAGCAUGCUUACAAAAAGAGGAUUUAAAUCUUUAGCUUACCAUGGAGGUCUAAAGACUUCAGAACGUAUAUCUGUGCAAGAGCAGUGGUCGAACGGGGAGUGUCCAUGUGUGUGCGCGACGGUGUCCUUUGGCAUGGGCGUGGACAAGGCGACCGUGCGCGCAGUAGUUCACUGGGGACUGCCGCAGAAUGUUGCUGCUUAUUACCAAGAGUCUGGUAGAGCUGGGAGGGACGGGAAACCAGCAUUUUGUCGUAUAUACUACUGCCGAAGCGAGAGAAACGCUGUUGAUUUUUUGUUGAAAUCUGAGAUGGGUCGCGCGAAAACUCCUGAACAAAAACAGCGAUGUAAGAAUGCGUAUAAAAGUUUUGAAAUUAUGGUGAACUACUGCGAAGAUGUCAGAUGCCGGCACAAGACGUUCGCGGAGUACUUCGGCGAGGAGGCCCCGGUGUGCGGCGCGCGCUGCGACGCGUGCGCAGACGCGCGCGCCGUGCGCCGCGCGCUCGACCAGCACCAGCGCCGCGCCAUGAGCGCCGCGCUCGGCCACGGCUUCGUGUCGCACCAGGACUGCGCCGACCUCUACGGCGAGGGCAAACUGGGGCAGACUAGGGAAGUAGAGUCAUAUUAUGGCAACGGCAGCGGAGAGUCGGACGAGGAGGAUGAACGCCGGCGCAUCGCGCAAGAAACUAAGUCUUUGAUUAUGCAGGAAUUUGCCAACAGAAAAAAGAAUAUUGAAAAAGAUAGACAUAAAAACAAUGAUGCUGAAUCUGCAAAAUACUCAAAAUGUAAAGCGGCUGACAGUACUGGGAAAAAGGUCAAUGGUUUGACAGUAGCUGGACGGGAAAGUUAUCUUUCUUUGCUAACAGACGCUUUAAGAAAUAAUCUUGAAAAUUUGAAAGGAAUCGACGAACCAGACAACCAGCUGUCCCGACGCGAUGUGGAACAGUGUGCGAUAGAAUUAGAAUAUGAAGCAUUCUCAAGUAGUACCGUCAUCAGUUUAUACAGACGUGCUAUGACCAAAUUGAUUACUAAUAUAAAAUCAAGUAGGUACAAUUUAUAUCCAGAUCUGAAAAAAUACGAACCUAAGCGUGAAACUCUUGUUGAAUUUGUAAAAGAUUUUGAAAAAAACCGCGACAGAUCACAAAAUCGUCACGGUUUUGUGACCGCGUCUGAAUUGGAAACUCGUGGUGCAGAAAAUAAAAAUGAGUCGAGAACUCUUUCCAAAGCCGACAAGGAAACAAGAAGGAAAGCUAAUUCUUUCAAAAGGGAUCCAUUAACACAAACUAAACUACAAAACUUUUUUUCUACAAAAUCAUCACAAGAAUCUCCAAUUUCAGACGACAGCGAAGAUGAGGGAGGGUUAGUUAUAGCAGAAAAUGUGAGCCCUAAUGACGGUGACUCUACAUUCAAAUUAGAAGACAAUAACGACCAAGACAAAACUUUCAAAAUUGAUAAAAUAGAUACAAUUUCUGAUGAAGAAGAGACAAAAACUUUUGUUAUAAACAUAACUUUGCAGGGUAUACCUAAAAAUGACAAAAGUGUAGAUAAGAAGGAUAUAACUGACAAUACACAAUCUAAAAAAAUAGAAAAUCCCGUCAAAUCAACGUCUUCUGAAAAAACUAAGCCAACCGCUAAAAGAAAAAUUAAAGCUCUUUUUGGUGAAUCAUCUGACAGCGACAUAGAACCAGAAGAUAUGAAAAAGUUUAAACUUUCACGCGAUAAAGUUUCUUCCAGUAAACCAUCAGAAGAAAAGAAGAGCGAAAAGUCUAAAUCCAAAAAGUCUAAAAGAAAGCACAAACAUAGGAAGUCCAUACAAUCAGAUACAGAAACUGAAAAAAGCGUAAAAGAAAUAGGCAAUAUUUCUAAAGAUAAUGCAGCAGAAGAUACACUUGUACUUGAUAACGCAAUCAAUGCUUCUAUUGAAUCUGAAAACACCCUUGGAAUAGAUACUUCUGACGAAUCGGGAAGAAAUAACGACAUAUCCAUGAAGUCCGACUCCCAAAACUCUUCAGAUUUAAUAAUCAAUGAAAAGGGUCCAUCAGAAAAAAAGUUUGUUGAUGAGAAGACGUUUGAUAAAGCAUAUCAGCUUAGUUUAGAAGCCGAAAAAGUGUUACAAGAACUAAAACAGUUUUCGGAAAUCAAACCUGAGCCUGUACCUGUGGAGAAGAAUGUACCUGCGGAGAAGGAUGUUCCUGUCGAUGAUAAAAUCGUUAAUACUAAAAAUUCAGUUGUUACAUCUAAGUCUCCCACUAAACAUGGGACUAAGGAGAAAGAGGGAGAAAAAUUAACUAACUCCUCAACAGAAACGCACAGUAAAGAAACAAAAAAGAUAUCUAGAAGAGAUAUUAAAGAGCAUUCAAGUCACAAAAGUCACAGAAAAGAGGAGGCUUCAAAUAAGAAAGACCCUAAAAAUAAAGAAAAGAAAGCAGAGAAGGUAGAUGUAGCUGGCUUAGUUGUUAAGCUAUUAAUGCCCUAUUAUAAGAAGAAAAAAAUAAGUAGUCGGGACUUAUUUAAGAUUACCGCAAGGCAUAUAGUCCAUCAACUACUUGCUAUUCAAGUUACUGAAGAAGCAGCUAUCAAUAUUUUACUGAAGAAAACAUUUAGUAAAAUUACAAUUGACAAAGAAAGUGAUUUAGAAACAAAGUUAAAGUUAAGUAAUGACAUG